AUGAUGUGCAAUCUUCAUAGCAAAGAAAAUCGUGACAAACAUUCUGAGCCUAGAGAAGACCUUAAAGGGGAAAAGAAAAUAAGUCUCAAUUUUGAAGAAUUAAAAGACUGGGGUCCAAAAAAUGUCAUGAAGCUGAGCACACCUGCAGUCAACAAAACGCCACGCUCGGGAGCCACGCUGCCCCUGAGGUGUGGGAGGGCCUUGGGAGGGGGAAGCAGCGCUGGAGCAAUGGCCAACCUGCCUCUGAGAUGUGGAAAGAAUGUAGAGGAAAGCAUCUCAAGGCAUGUUUCUUACCUGCCCCAAAGGUUUGGGAGAACAACAGCCGAGAGUGUCACCACAACACUGAGUGACGUGCUCAACAAUCUAAGCAUUCGCCAUCUGUCAGUGAGUUGCUUUGCUCCAUGA